AAUCUUCCAAGUCUGGUCUCUCACCGGCUGUUCCCGACCCAAAGUGCUCACUUCAUCUCUGUCUAACUGCGAGGGAACAGGUCGUCAUGCUGAGGAGCGGCGCGAACAGAAACAUGCAUCAAGGGGAGGAGGUGAGGCUGCGCAGCGGGAGUCUGGCUCGCGAGAGGAAGCACCUUGCCUUGUGCAUCAAUAACAAGGAAGAAGUGAAGAGCUAUCAUCGCUGCUGCAGCCACAGCGGAGGGCCAGCACUUCAGAAGAUUGAGAGAAGCGAGGAGGACAACAAAAGCUCAUCUCACCGAGAUCAGCGACAGCACUUGGAAAUAAAGGCCACUAUCAUCCAGCGGGCCUGGCGAGCCAGUAUGUCCCGUAAGCUGAGCCCAGAGGUCCCAGACGAGAACCUCACCAGAUACGAAUGGGAAGAGACCAGGACCUCAGAGAAAGUCCUCAACCCUGUGGUGGCUUCAGAUAUUUUCCCGGAUCAACUGAAGACCCUCCAGAGAGGCUACAAGCAUGUUAAUGAUGAAGCUCUCCGGCUGCACAGUAAUCAUCUGACUAUGGACCUGGACAACAACAUCAAUAUCAACCUGCCACCUAUGGAAACCAAAGUGUUGAUCAUCCAGCGGGCUUGGCGAGACUUUCUGCAGAGACAGGAAGUGGAGAAACGGAGCCCCUCCCCACCAUCGCUCUCCUCCUCCGACAAGAUGAGCAUGUCAAUCAGCAUGAUGACCCUGUCAGAUGGCAGCACCCCUGAUUAUCGAGAGGAUGGCAUGGACCUGGGGAGCGACGCGUCCAGUCGCUCCAGCUCAGAGUCCAACUCCAACAAGGUUACACCCUGCUCUCCUUCUCUUGACCUGGCCAAUCUGGAGGACUACAAAUCCUCCCCGUCCCCAGAUCUGGGCACUCUAGAUGACUACGAGGAGGAUGAGGACUACCAGGAGUACAAGAAGAAGGUGAUGGAGGAGUGGGAGAGCGAGUACGGCGAGGAAUACACCUCCCCGCAGCCUCCUGGUCAAGACGAAAGCAAAGAGAGCGCCGUGAGCAUUAGUGGUCUAAAAGAAGGCUACAGGAAGUCGGCGAAUGCUCGCAGCCUCGCCGAAGAAUUCCAGGAUGUGAAGACGGUCCCGCCCCUGCCGGCCCCCGCAGGACGCACUUCCACCUCCAUGGCAACUGUCCCAGAUAAACUGAAGCAGAACGGGAAUCUGAUUCUGCCGCAGAGCAACCAGCUCCACUCCUCUGGCACAGCCGAGGGAGGACCAGAGACUCCUAAAACUGGCCACCGCAGCUCCGGUAAGGGCAGGGGGAGCCGCAGCAGUGGCAGGGGUGCUGGUGGUGGCGGAGGAGGAGAUGGCGGCGGAGGAGGAAGUGGAGGAGCUGGGGGUCCAAUGCGGGAGUACAGAGAGGAGCAGGAGGAGAGCGUAGAGGAGGAACCACUGCCCACAAUGGAUUGGGCAGCCCUGGAGAGACACCUGGCCGGUCUGCAGUGCAGAGAGCAAGAGAACCAAAACCUGAACCACAACCAGAACCACAACAUGGGCAAGACCAACUACACCUCGGCCCAGAAGAAUGAGAGGGAGUCAAUCAGGCAGAAGUUGGCCCUGGGCAGUUUCUUCGACGAUGGCCCGGGCAUCUACACGAGCUGCAGCAAGAGCGGCAAACCCAGCCUGUCCUCACGGCUGCAGAGCGGCAUGAACCUGCAGAUCUGUUUUGUCAAUGACAGCGGCAGCGACAAGGACAGCGAUGCGGACGACAGCAAGACGGAGACCAGCCUGGACACACCGCUGUCCCCCAUGUCCAAGCAGAGCUCCUCCUACUCGGACCGGGACACCACGGAGGACGACUCGGAGUCCCUGGAGGACAUGGACUUUUUGAGUCGGCAGAAGAAGCUGCAGGCCGAGGCGAAGUUAGCCCUGGCCAUGGCCAAACCCAUGGCCAAGAUGCAGGUGGAGGUGGAGAAACAGAACCGCAAAAAGUCACCAGUGGCCGACCUGCUUCCACACAUGCCUCAUAUCAGCGAGUGUUUAAUGAAAAGAAGUCUGAAACCCACCGACUUGAGAGACAUGACACUGGGGCAGCUUCAGGUUAUAGUCAACGACCUGCAUUCCCAGAUUGAAAGUCUGAAUGAGGAGCUUGUACAGUUGCUGCUGAUUCGGGAUGAGCUACACAUGGAGCAGGACGCCAUGCUGGUUGACAUUGAGGACCUCACCAGGCAUGCCGAGAGCCAGCAGAAACAUUUGGCUGAGAGGACCCUAUCCAAAUAAGACGCCCGUCCUUUCCCUGUCCCCGCUCCCGUCUGUUUCCCUUCUGCCGAGAUGAAACCUUUCCUCCCUGGAUCACUUCCUCUGCACCCCGUGUCGAUCCAAAACCUCCCCGCCUGCCCCAAGUAUUUUCGCUCCUUCCUCCCCCGCCACACUUCCCUGCCGUCUAUCCUUCUACCAACUCACUGACUUCCCUGGUAGCAACAGCACAGAAGAAGAAAAAAAAAAGGAAAAGAAAAAAAAAACUCUCUUUUAACCACUUCUCCCGGCGCCGAAGGAUGGAGCAGCGCGUCCUACUUCCUGGGAGAAGAGGAAAACUGAUUGUGUGUCGUCAUAGAUUCUGUCCCCCAGCUUCCUGUGCAGUAGUCGGCCUUGCUUUGCUACUGUUUCUUUUCGACUUUCUACAUUUGCCACUAAAUUAUACCUGUUCAGAUGCAAAAAAAAAAAAUGAUUAAAAAUAAAAAUAAAAAAGUGUUGAAAAAAUCAAAUAAUAGUUCAAACUUUAGUAGAAAGUCAGUCAUGAAAAGAAAAAAAAAAGGAAAAACACUGUAUGACAAGAAAACUGAAAACGAAUUUUCUUCAGAACAUUUUUAAGUUGGACUCAAAAAGUUGAAGCGUUUUUAUUCUGCACAAAUGGUAGUUUUCAACUGAGAAACGUUUGUCCGAAGGUGCUAAAAAGAGUGUAAAGGAAACAUGCCUGCUAUGUAGUGGAGUUGUAGACUGGUAAUACGUUCACUCUGAAUUGCUCUAUCAGCAUUUUGUGAAUGUUGAAUCUUUCUGACAUGAGUCAUUUCAAAUGAAUAAGUGUGUUAAAUAUCAUUUUCAUCCUGCUGUAUUCAGAUGCUUUAUUUGAGGGAAAGAAAUGUUUAUGUACAGAAAUGUAAAAUAAAGAAUAAACUUGGUUUUGUA